UGAUUCGUUCAAGCCCUGUCAUUUUCAUUGCAAAAAGAACGAGAGACAGACGCUAUUUUCACCGCGUGGAAUAAUCCUACUUACUUGUGACGCCAUUUUGUUUUGUGUGGAUCAAAGUUUGAAAGUGAACUUUAUAGUUUGUGUUUUUAACUAAAACGGUAAUAAAAGGUAUUAAAAAUGAGUUACGGACGACCACCACCCCGUAUUGACGGGAUGGUGUCAUUAAAAGUGGACAAUUUAACGUAUCGCACGACACCUGAUGAUUUACGCCGCGUUUUCGAAAGAUGCGGUGAUGUUGGAGACAUAUAUAUCCCCAGAGACCGGUAUACUAGAGAAAGCAGAGGAUUUGCAUUCGUCAGAUUUUACGAUCGGCGCGAUGCUGAGGAGGCGCUAGAUUCUUUGGAUGGACGGAUGUUGGAUGGCAGGGAGCUCCGCGUUCAGAUGGCGCGCUACGGUCGACCAUCGUCACCAUACCGCAGCAGAUACGAUCGCCGCCGCAGCAAUUCCCGUUCACGGUCUCGUUCACGUCGUCGAUCCAGGUCUAAAUCUCGCUCGCGCCGCCGGUCGUACUCUCGCAGCCGCUCGCGCUCGCGCUCCCGCUCGAGGUCCCGCUCGGACUCCAAGAGCUCCAGGGGACGCUCUCGCAGCCGCUCCAGAUCCCGUUCGCGCUCCAGGCAUUGAUGUGUUGGGUUGAGUGCCGAUUUAUAGCUGAAAAGCUGCAUUGUCCUGACUCAAGCAGCUUGGGCUAAGGUACUAUCCAACUUCAAUUUAUUUUAAGAACCACAGACAUAACUAUGAUCAACAUAGUGGCAUAAAUAUUAUGUUACAAAAAACCUUUUAGUUUUAAGUUACUUCAAACUUGUAUUGUAAAACACACUCUUUUUUUUUUCAAGCAAUACUCAAAUGCUUUGGCUGUAAAAUUGUAAUCCAAAGUCAAUUCAAGUCAGAUAUAAAAUUAUAUUUUUAUUUUAUGUUAUUUCACAUACAAAACAUGUUUUCAAAAUUAAAUAUAUGUGUGCAUAGUUAUCUGAUUGUAAAUUUGCAUUUAAUAUCAACCCUAGAGAAAAUUAUUCUUCCAGGGAAACCUUAAUUUUGGGCAUCUUGUCUAAAUUGGAUGUUUAAAACGACAAUUUUUUAUUCGGUAACUACAUACAAACCUCUUUAUUACUGCUAUUUAUGUUUUAAUCUUGAACAAACCUUGAAUAAGUUUUUUUCCAAUAAAUUGUAAUCACUCAAUUGUUUUCAUUGUCUGCAUUAGUUAAGUAUCUUAGUAUUGUUAAUAUAAUUAAAAGAAUUAAUUAACAUGUUGGUAUGCUCAGGACGCGAGGAGAUCGCGGGGAGCGAGGCGGUUUGCGGGGAGGGGGGGUGGUUCUUGCUGAUUGCUGACAACUGCUGAAUUGCUGUUGUUGCAGUGCAUAAGUUAUGAGUAAUAUUUUUCUAUUUAUUGACAAACCGAGACACGCAUCGGCUCUAUGGUGGGGCCAUUUAUACAUUUCAUUUUCAAUAUUAAUUCACAAAGGUGUAAGAUGUAUUUUGUUAAUACCACCGCGAUUACUUCACGAUUUCGUAAAGGUAUGACUGAAUUUGGGGUUUGAAUUUUGAAGAAAUUUGGGGGUAAACAAAUUGUUGUCCUCUAAAUGAUUGAUGUUCUAAUCCCAACAUUUAGUGAUAGCUUUACGUUUUCUGUCUGUGGUAUUUACAUAAUCAUCUUGCCAGUUUCAUUAAAGUUUGGAAUUCAGCAGUUUAGUGGAAACUAACAUAUGGAUUUGUUUGGCAGGCCGGUGCUGCCGCUGGCCUGUAUGCUGUGGCAGUUUGCUGUGCUGUUUCCUGUGAUUUGCAGAUCGCGUCUAGGUUUCUCGGUAAAAUGACGGAUACUCCCUCCCUGCUAUUAAACUAACAAAGUACAUAUUGUCUAGGGCAACAUUAAUUUUUUUAGGUUUUAAAGAAAGGGUAAAGCACAAUUUUAUGAUUUAUUUUUCGUCUAUGCCACUGGCCUUUCUUUAAAAUUAUCAUCAAGAAUGAAGAGUCUACAGACAUGGAUAUUAUGUGACACAUAUUGUACCUAGGUUUACGAGUUGUCUUAAAUAAAGUAUUCUUAGAA